AUGACGGGCGCUGGCCUGCCUCCGCCGCCGCCGCAGCCGCAGUCCCAGUCUCAGUCCCAGUCCCAGCCGCAGCCGCACCACCCUCAAGACCGCCGCGCAUCCUCCUCGCCAGGCGACACCUCUGUCGCGUCCGUCUACUCGGCCAUGGAACAGAGGACAGGCCGAGGCACCGGUCCCGACGACGCGCCAGCGACAGCACCGACGACGACGACGACAGCGGCAGCGGGCCCUGAAGCGGGGGACUCUAGCAGAGCACUCAUUGGAGGACCUGGCGACGCGCGCGAGAGCCGUCGCGCGAGGCUCUCCGAGCUGGCGAUCGAGACGCCGCCCCUUGGGCCGUUGGCUGGGGAUGCAGGAAGGGAGUUCCUCUGCCUCUGCACGCCGGCGCCCAAGGUUCCCAGACCGCGAAACGCAUUCAUCCUAUACAGACAACAUCACCAGGCUCAGGUCGUCUCUGAGCACCCUGGGCUCGCCAACCCGGACAUCUCCAAGAUCAUAGGGGAGCAGUGGCGACAGCAGCCGGACAACGUCAAGGCCGGCUGGAAGAAGCUCGCCGAAGAGGAGAAGGUGCGCCACCAGCAGCAGUAUCCGGACUACCGGUACCAGCCCCGGCGCGGCCAACGUCCAACAGGACGGCCAGGCACAGCAGCAGGCGAAGACUCGGGGCGGUGUCCCAAGUGCGGAGGACGGUACAUCUCGACGCCGAGGACCCCUCAGACGCCGGUGCUGACGCCGACGGCAGCGAAACCCGCCAUGAAUCCGUACCAGGCGAGAGAUGGCAGGGCGUACGAGGGAGAGUCAUCAAGACAGGCGCUGCCGCAGGGCAGACAGAUGAACCCCUAUGGGCAGGGCCACCCAGGGGAGAUGGACGAGAGCUGGGAUCUCGCGUCGCCGGCUGUCGAUGCCAAACGCCGCCGGUUCAACACGACUGGCCACUACCAGGGCAUGUCGUCGCCGAACCCGUACCAGGGUCACCAACCCACAAGACAUUCAAGACAGGCGUCCGCCGCAGGGCCUUCCAGUGCCGGCCAUGGCUACGGGCCAGCGCCACUACCUGGCCCGCCAGGUAUGGGGCAACCUGGCCAAGGUCCCAUGCCGCCGCCGCCUCGCCCGCCGCACUCGCAACACUUCCCAGGCCAGGGCCCGGGCCGCAACCCAAACUAUGACGAGAGUCUUCGCCUUCCGCCCCUGCAAACGCAAAUGACCCCAAAGACGCCAGCGGGUCAAGGCGAGUCUGACAGGCCCGGCGCCGACCCACUUGGGCUAGGCAUGGCAGUGACGAAUCCCGGAGACAACCAAGCGCGAAGCACAGAGGCCGUCGUCAUGAACAUUUCGUUCCAGAGCAAGCUCAACGUGCUGAGGAAGAUCAGCCCGCCUCUGGCCCCAUCUGGGUUUGCGAGCCCAGGCGCGGAAACCCGCGGCGCGGUCAUCGCUAUCGAGGGCCCAGACGAGCGGCUUCUCGAGCAAGUCGACGCCGCGCUCCAGCGAGGCUUGUCGGAAGCCCAAGUGAUCAACCUCCAAUGCUGGCGUGACGACAGCAGCACCAUCGGCAAGACGGAAGAUGUCGUCGUCGCUGAAGGCAGCAGCUCGGCGGGCAGCAGUCGCAAGAGCAGCGUCGAAGGCGUCGCGCUCUCCGACAUGUACGUCGAGUACAUGCAAAAGCUGUCGCAGUGGCACGGCAAGUCAAAGCAGAUGGUCAAGCACAUCACGACGCGAUCCGAGCAACAGCAGCGGCCAGUGCCCGUGAGGAGGGCAUCGGAAGGCGAGGUCAGCACACCGCGCGAGGAAUCAUCAUCGCCGAGCAUGAUCCCCGUCGCUCUCGUAACGGGCGGAUACAGCGCAACCAUUGCUGACCGGUACGCGUGCCGCGUGCCCAUUGUCGACUCGUACGCGCCCGUGGACCACUGGCAGUGGAUGGCGACGCUGUGGCGCGGGGUCGUGGGAGCCGACUUGGUGGUCUACGUCAAAGCGAGUGCGGAGGACGAGGUCGCGCGGCUCGGUAUGCUCGACUUUGUGGACUCUGGCAUUAUGCUUCUUAGGAUUGCUCCAGGGAAAGGUCUCGAUGACAGGAGUUCGCGUCGUCUCUCGUUCGAGGUGAUUGAUUGGUUAUGCAGCGGGAACUACAGGAAAGAGUCAGCUGGCGUCAGCUGAGCUGAUAGCUCAGGAAUGUCGCCAAAAGUCGAGCUUGUACGUAAUAUGGUGGUUCAUCUUCUCUUCAAGGGCUUGGUUGAUUGUGUUCAAUGCCAGAUGGAGGGGCGGUCUUGGCUUGUCCAUACGGUAGUAGCACUACUGGCACGAGACGCGUCUUUUUUUUCGAUAUCAGGUGUUUCCAUUGAUGGAAUAUGAUUGUUUGAAUGCCU